CUGGAGCGCGCCUCCCUCGCCGCCCCGGGUCUGGCGAGCCGGCGCGGGUCGAGCUGCGGGAGCCGCCGCGAGCACCAGCCGCCGCCGCCGCCCCGGGAGCUGCUCCGGCCGCACCAUGCGGGAGCUGGCCAUCGAGAUCGGGGUCCGGGCCCUGCUCUUCGGAGUGUUCGUUUUCACAGAGUUUUUGGACCCAUUCCAGAGGGUCAUCCAGCCAGAAGAGAUCUGGCUCUACAAAAAUCCUUUGGUGCAGUCAGACAACAUACCUACCCGCCUCAUGUUCGCAAUUUCUUUCCUCACACCCCUGGCUGUUAUUUGUGUGGUGAAAAUUAUCCGGCGAACAGACAAGACUGAAAUUAAGGAAGCCUUCUUAGCAGUAUCCUUGGCUCUUGCUUUGAAUGGAGUCUGCACAAACACUAUUAAGUUGAUAGUGGGAAGACCUCGCCCCGAUUUCUUUUACCGCUGCUUUCCAGAUGGAGUGAUGAACUCGGAAAUGCACUGCACGGGUGACCCCGACCUGGUGUCCGAGGGCCGCAAAAGCUUCCCCAGCAUCCACUCCUCCUUUGCCUUUUCUGGCCUUGGCUUCACGACGUUCUACUUGGCUGGCAAGCUGCACUGCUUCACUGAGAGCGGGCGGGGGAAGAGCUGGCGGCUCUGUGCCGCCAUCUUGCCCCUAUACUGCGCCAUGAUGAUUGCCCUGUCCCGCAUGUGUGACUACAAGCAUCACUGGCAAGAUUCGUUUGUGGGUGGAGUCAUUGGCCUCAUUUUUGCGUACAUUUGCUACAGACAGCACUACCCCCCUCUGGCCAACACAGCUUGUCACAAACCGUACGUCAGCCUCCGAGUCCCGACGUCGCUGAAGAAGGAUGAGCGGCCCACAGGGGACAGCAGCGCGCCCAGCAUGCCUCUGGAGGGCAUCACCGAAGGCCCCGUAUGACUGCGGUCUCGGGAGGAUGGACGCUGAGCCCAGGGCACACUCUUCCACCCCGGCAUCACAACGCAGUAGGAGAGGUUUUCUGUAGUGUGUUUUUCGUCAACUGUUCCUCAAAGUUAUCCCUCUGCUUCCAUCUGGCUGAUGGCAUUCCUGCUACUUUCGAUGUCUCCUUUCAACUUUCUUGAGUUUGCAAAGGAAGGACGCAGGGACAGUCUCUGAGAGACGUGGGGAAGGAGGCUGCCAGGGGAGGGUGGGUGCAACUCGGUCCAUUCCUUUGUCCUCAGUGUUUGCUGUAAUAGCCACCGCCCUAUGUUUUCAUGGUCGUGAAACGUAAUAAAGCCUCCAAGCUGGAAGACGUGGUGUCAG